AUGGGUUCCUCGCCCAGUACAAUUCCGAGUACUCCAGCACCGACACCAGCAGGUAUUGACCAAUGUCCACGAAGAGUGUGUUUACAAUAUUUAAAAAGCUUACAUUUAAAUCGACAAUACUUUAAUAGAAGAUAUAAUAAAUGUUACUGCCCUAUUCAUUAUGAAUCAUCGGGACCGAAUAUUUUAACUGUAGCUGGCAGUGAUUUUACAGUCCCAAUAGGUUGGUCAUUAUUUGCAAUUCAUGUGGAUAAAGGAUUUGCUACUAAUAACAAAAUAUUUAGAAAUUGGUAUACCACUUUCUACGGUACAUCACAUGAUAAACUUGAUGAUAUUAUUCAUAACCGUUUUAUACCAUUUCCUGGUGACGAUCUUCUAUCUGGUAAAAAAUUUGUUGUUAACUUACCAGAUCAACGUCAUAUUUAUACAUCUCCUUCGAUAAAUUAUGCAUCUCUGGAACAUGUAUGCCCUAUUAACAAAGUGACAAUCAAUAAUGUAUCGUAUGAUUUUCAAGUAGUUCUUCAAUGCAAACAAAAUCCAACUCAUAUUAAAAAAAUUGGUUCUAAUAAACCCAAUAUUUGUCCACAUCUCCCAUCUACAACGAUUCAAUGGAAAACUGAUCAACGAGCAUCUGUAGUGCCAAUUAGUCUUUUAAUUCGUGCUAAAAAAAGCGAAAAUAUUUAA